AUGACGCUAACCCAACCGCAAUCCAAGAAUCCUCCUUCUCUCCUCGUCGUUUCCGGUGGUUCCACUACUGCUCCGUCACACCCUUACCCCACACCGUCCCCGUCCUGGACACUCCCGUCGCCCUCCUACAUCACCGAAAACGGCUCCUCCGCUGCCGCCGCCGGCAACCUCAAGCCCGAAUACUUUACGGGAAUAGCUCCCUCGCCGUCGCGCCCAAACGCUCUCGCAACACCCCAGCCGUCGCCGCUAGCUGCGACGCACAAGAUUGCAACCAUAGAACCCCGACCGUCAUACCUCAUCUCGCCGGGCAUUGAACUCAACUCGUACACGAAUCAAGGCGGUCAACAGUCUUCGUCCUCGAUUGCGAGUGGUUCAGUGCCUGCUCCCUGGGCACCAAAACCUAGAAUCUGGAACGAAGACCCACUCAUCAACAAGGUCCAAGGUGCACCAAAAUCGCCAAGGGAGACGCAGCUGGGCUCGCCCAUAGCAAGGAUGCAGUCCCACAUCCCGCAGACGCAGUACCUGCUGCCUCUGAUGACGGCGACGCCGAGCGCCGAUGCGUUCGCGGCCGCGCCGCCCACUUUUGGCGGUGGACUGGGAACGGCGUUUCCUGAAUUCCUCCCAGUGCCGUCGACGACAACCUCGGACCUCGCCAAGCAGGACAACGCCGCCGCACAGCAUGACAAACCGGCAGUCGGACCCGCCGAGUACGCGGACGUGAGUUUAGGGGGUCUUGGUUCCAAACGUGUGAUGCGCAUCGCGGCGCACGCCAGGAGGAAGGGGUUGAGCGAGCGAGCAGAUCCGCUGACGAUCCCACAGGCACUGGCCGUCUACAAACAUAUUCGCAAUGCCAUCCCCUACAUCCGAUCCGCAGACAUGGUCCCCACGGCGCCAGGGCAGUCGUACCGCUCUGUGUUGGACUGUGCGAGCAACGCCAUCAGUAUCCUUUCUGGACUCCCGCCGCCGCGCGCGCGACCACCGCCCCAGGAGCCUGUCCCGAUCAAGCGCGCGCGCACGACCAACAACGAAAAGGACAAGCCAGCGACGUUUUGUCGUGGGUGCGGUGCGACGGAAACUCCCGAAUGGCGCCGUGGUCCUUUGGGCCCGCGAACGUUGUGCAACGCUUGCGGCCUCGUCCACAUGAAGAUGAUGCGCAAGAAGAAGAAGGCCGAGGAGAAGGCCGCCGCGCAGGCUGCCGGCGCCGCUGCUGCGUCUGGGGUCCUCGGGGGGCCACCACCACCGCCAGGCGGCAUCGGGCCGAAGUGA